GAAACCUACUCCGUGCUAGACUGCCACUCGAUAGUGUUUAUCGCUAGAAUGUCAUCCUGCUAGUGUCUUUUGAUUCACGAUUUACUUCAUAACUAUGGCUGCCCAAUCUGGGGAAAACUACUGUUCUGAUGACGGAGUCACAGAUUCACCGAAAAAAGGACCUACGUUGUCGACGAGCACGAGCAGUUUCGAAGCUUUGGACCCUCAUGACCCGAAUUUGAGCAAACUUGCCACAUCUAUGUUCCAGAAGACUUCAGACUAUCUAACAGGGGAGCUCACAUUAACUCAGGAAGAUUACAGAUUACUAGAAGCUAUGAACAAUGCUACAGCGGUUAAAUAUACUAAUAUGAAACACACUGUUGAGAUGUUAUCAAAAAAUAUGAUAGAAUUGAAUGAAAAAUACGAAUCAUUAAGGCCAUUGCUCAAUCAUAUCGACCAAAUCGAAGACACCGUCUUGAAGUUGGAACAGGCCGCCUACAAACUCGAAAAUUACUCUAAAAGACUGGAAGCAAAGUUUAAAGAAAUUCAAAAGAAAUCAACUAUCUUUUAAUUGUGUCUUUAGAACACAUUCUUGUGUUUUUAUUAUUGAACAAUGUUACAUAGCAAUUUAUUUUAAAAUGGUGGUUUAACAUGUGUUCAUACUAAGUUCUUAACCGUAUAAUUGAGAUAUUUAAUUAUUAUUUAAUAUUAUUUUUAUACCCACAUAUGUAUAUUAUUUAUAAAAUUUAUCAGUUUUAUGUUGUUAUUAUAAUAACAAUAUUACUAUACUCUGAAUACAUGUUAAAUCUUAUUUUUACCUGUAUCAACAGUUAGAAUGUAACUUUCAAUUUGAUUGAUAUUUACUUUAUAUUAACGAUAUAAAAAAAUGGCUGAUGAUUUGAAUAUUAAUUGUUGUUUGUGUACUGUAAAAA